UGGUGGCAGCGGUGGGAUGUGUAGCGCCGCCUGAGAAACUGGAUAAGAGAGGUGGAAAACGAGGACGAGGUGGAAAACGUGGACGGGGUGUCAAACCAAGCCAUACUUGGCAGAGGAUGGCGUUCCGGCGGCUAGUACGAGCUGGCCAGGGGGAGCUCCCACAGGGGGAGGAGGAGACGCUAGAGGCAGCAUUAGGAGCAACAGUGUCUGGGCAGCCAGAUGAAGAGGUGCCAGCAGAGACUGACCUGGCCGGAUUGUAUGCGCUGUUGCAGAAAUCCUUGAAGUCCCAUGAGCGAGAGUUUUUUAAGCAGGAACAGCGCUGGCGAAGUGUGCAGGUCCAGUUAAACCAGCUCCGCGAUGACUUUGAUGAAAGCCGUCAGCCACAAGCGCCACUGCCUGCUCAGCCACAAGCGCCACUGCCUUCUCAGCCACAAGCGCCACUGCCUGCUCAGCCACCAGCGCCACCGCCGCAGCUACCAGCGCCAUCGCCGCCGCAACCAGCACCACUGCCUGCUCAGCCGCCAGCUUCACCGGCACCGCCAGCAAAUCCAGCCGCUCCAGUAGCAUGGUCGCGUGCUGCUGUGCCCAAGUUUGAAGAAGGGGAAGAUAUCGAGCAGUAUCUAACUACGUUUGAACGGCUUGCGACUGCCUACCGGUGGCCAGGGGAGGACUGGGCCGUGUACUUAGUGCCGUACCUGAGUGGCAAAGCCCGCAGUGCUUAUGUGGCCAUGGACAUGAAUGACUCAAUGGAUUAUCACAAGGUAAAAGAGGCAAUCCUGGGAAAGUACGAAAUAAAUGAAGAAGUCUACCGGAGAAGGUUUCGGGAGCCAGAUGCCAGGCCUGGGGAGUCCCCCAAAGAACUGUACCAGCGUCUGAAGGAUUUAUUUCGUAAAUGGAUUAGACCGGAGGACAAGACGGUUGAAGAAAUAGGAGAAGCCCUCAUCUUGGAACAGUUUUUUCGUACUCUGUCUCCUGAUGUCAGAGUGUGGGUGAAAGAGCACAACCCACGGACUGGCCAGCAGGCUGCAGAACUGGUGGAGAACUUUGUCGCUGCCCGCAGAGGUCCAAAGAACUUCCGAAGUGAGACCAGUUCCAGGCCCCUGACCCGUGGUAGGUCAGAUGGGUUUAGUGGCGGGGGUGGUCCUAGACCUAGUGAACGAGGUAGGAUGGGGGAUAAAAGUUCUUACAUGCCCCCUAGACAUGCCACUUUCCCCAAAGAACGCCCACCAGAGCGCUCACGUGUCAUAUGUCACCAUUGUGGCCAAGAAGGUCACAUUAAGCCUGACUGCCCUGCGAGAAAGCCCAUAGGUAGUAGCCACUGUUGUCUCCCAGGGUGCGAGGAGCAAGAACAGGGGGUUAUGGGUAGGUUACAGACUGUCCCAGUGCUAGUGAGUGGUAAGGUGGCGAGGGCUCUGAUUGAUACAGGGAGCUCUCAAACCUUAGUUCAGCCCCACUUAGUGGACAAAAAGGACUGUAUAUCUGGUAGAACCCUAAAAGUAAUUUGUGUCAAUGGGGAUGAACAUGAAUACCCCGUGGCCAAAGUAUAUGUGGAAGUGCAUGGUCAGACCUAUAGACUAACUGUUGGAAUUGUGGAGAGACUAAGUCAUCCAGUAGUCUUAGGACAGGAUAUUUUGGUACUGCCAGAGUUGGUGCAAGCCAAUAAGCCUGUCAAUGUGGUAGUCACUAGGUCUCGGACAAAAGCUCAGACAGAAGAGCCCCUAGAACCAGGUUCCCUGAGAGAGAUGCCCUUUUUUGGAAGUGAGGUAGUACCCCCUCCCAAGCUAAAGACUAGGAAAAGUCACAGGCAAAGGCGAAGGGAGAGACUAGUGGGGACACUUCAGAAUGAACAGGAUGGGGAGGACAUUCAAAUAGGGGGUGGAGCUUGGGAAGACAUUACUGAGGACAUGGAACAGCUACAGAACCAGGACCCUACAUUGCAGGAGGCCUAUGGCAAAGUUAGCAGUGUGGAUGGUGUGGCAACGGGUGUUCCAGCUAGCCUGUCUGGAGAAAGCUAUGUGUUGCGAGAUGGCUUAUUGUACCACCAGUCAGAGGGGAAUAUGCCAGAGCAGCUAGUGGUGCCUACGGUGCUGAGAGAACGAGUGCUGUCCCUGGGGCAUAGCAUCCCCUGGGCAGGACAUCUCAGUACUGCCAAAACUUUUGAGAGGGUUGCUGCCAGGUUCUAUUGGCCAGGAAUGUAUAAAGAGAUCCAAGACCUUUGUAAAUCCUGUCCUGUGUGCCAGCUGACUAGUAAGCGGAAGACUAGUCCAUUUCCCCUCCAGCCCCUUCCCAUUAUUGAAGUCCCCUUUACACGGAUAGGAAUGGAUAUUGUUGGGCCACUCGAGAGAACCCAGAGAGGGCACCGGUAUAUCUUAGUAGUGUGUGAUUACGCUACCCGUUAUCCAGAGGCCUUUCCCCUUCGUAAAGUGACAGCUACCACCAUCUCCCAAGCUAUCCUACAGCUGUUCUCUAGGGUAGGGAUACCCCAAGAGAUCAUCACUGACCAGGGAACAGCCUUUGUAGCCAAAAAGAUGAGACAGGUCUAUAGUUUACUGGGGAUUAAGGGGAUCAGGACCACACCCUAUCAUCCCCAGACUGAUGGUCUGGUUGAGCGAUACAAUCAGACACUCAAGGGUAUGCUCCGAAAGUAUGUGUCUGCCAAUGGGAAAGACUGGGACCGCUGGCUGCCAUAUUUGCUGUUUGCAUACCGUGAGGUGCCCCAAGCUUCCACUGGCUUUGCCCCAUUUGAACUGCUUUAUGGAAGACCAGUGAGAGGGCCCUUGGAUUUACUAAAAGAAGCCUGGGAGGGGCCAAAAGCACCCCAGACCAACAGUAUCCUUUCCCAUGUCCUUCAAAUGAGGGAGAAAAUGGAGGAGAUGACGGAGCUGGUCCGGAACAACAUGGAACAGGUGCAACAUCGCCAGAAGGUCUGGUAUGACAAGACUGCCAGACAACGGACUCUCGAGCCGGGGCAGAAGGUCCUUUUGCUCCUUCCCACGUCGGAGAACAAGUUGCUUGCACAGUGGCAGGGGCCGUUCACUGUUACCCGCAAGAUGGGCCCUGCCACAUAUGAAAUCAACAUGCCAGGCCGGAGGAGGACAAAGCAGGUGUUCCACGUCAACCUGUUGAAGGAGUGGCGAGAGCGGGUCACCCAAGGUAGCCUGCAGCUCCUGGUGCAAACUGUUGGAGAGGAAGACAGUGACAGUACAGAGCAGUUUUUUCCAGCUACUCAACCACCCGCCGCUCUUGACCUGGCGCACCUCACUCCACAACAGCAGAGGGAGCUAGCGGCCAUCAUUCCCUCAGGACUGUGCCAAGACAAACCGGGUUUCACCACGGUGGUGGAGCACUCCAUCCCACUGAAGGACACCACUCCGGUGCGGCAAAGGAUGUAUCGAAUCCCCGAGUGUCUACUGCCUCUGCUUAAAGAAGAGGUGGAGGAGAUGCUGUCCCUAGGGGUCAUCGAGAGGUCCUAUAGUGAGUGGAGCAAUCCAGUCGUCCUGGUGCCUAAAAAGGAUGGGACGAUCAGAUUCUGCAUUGAUUUCCGCAAGGUAAAUUCCCAGUCCCAUUUUGAUGCCUACCCCAUGCCACGGCUAGAGGAUCUAAUUGAACGGCUGGGUAAGGCCAGCUUUAUUACCACCCUUGAUUUGUGCAAGGGUUACUGGCAGGUGCCCCUCGCUAAGCAGGACAGACCCUACACGGCUUUCAGAACUCCGCAAGGGUUGUUCCACUUCAUGGUUAUGCCAUUUGGCCUGCAGGGGGCGCCAGCCACAUUCCAGAGACUCAUGGACUGUGUUCUUGAAGGUACCGAAUCCUUCGCCGCAGCAUAUUUGGAUGACAUUGUAAUUUAUAGUACCAGCUGGACGGACCACCUACGCCAUCUCUCCGAUGUGCUGCAGCGCAUCCAAAGAGCUGGACUUACAGUGCAUCCAAAGAAAUGUGACUUUGCCAAAGCAGAGGUCCGUUACCUGGGCCAUGUGCUGGGUAGGGGGCUGAUUAGGCCCCAGACCGACAAGGUACAAGCCAUACGGGACUGUCCCCAGCCGCAGACUAAAAAGGAGGUACGGUCCUUCCUGGGUCUGGCGGGCUGGUACCGCAGGUUUGUGCCAGACUUUGCCUCUCGCGCUGCACCCCUUUCGGACCUAACUCGGAAAUCCGGGUCUGGUCAACUGCAGUGGGGGGCAGAGCAGGAGAGGGCCUUUAAUGACCUGAAGGGGGCUCUGUGUCAGGGCCCAGUCUUGCAGAGCCCAGACUUUGACCAGCCGUUCACAGUCCAGACUGACGCCUCUGGCAUUGGACUGGGGGCGGUUUUGCUCCAAGGGGAAGGAUCGGACCAGCGGCCUGUGGCUUACAUUAGCCGCAAACUGUUCCCCCGUGAAACACGGUAUGCUGCUGUUGAACUGGAAUGUUUGGCCAUUAAAUGGGCCCUAGACACUUUCAAAUAUUACUUGCUCGGCAGAGACUUUUUGCUACAAACUGACCACCAGGCUCUUCAGUGGCUUGGCCGGAUGAAAGACUCUAACGCCAGGAUUACCAGAUGGUUCCUGGCUCUGCAGCCAUACAGGUUCCAGGUUGAGUAUCGGCCUGGAAAGCAAAAUGUGGUUGCGGAUUUCUUGUCUCGCCACCCUGGUGGUGAGACUUCAGAGGUGGAGGGAAAUGUGAGAAGUUGAACUUUCCCCCUUCUCCCUAUAUCGGACUUUAAAGACGUUUCGGUGCACUCUUGAAAUGCGAGAGAGGGAGAGACUCCACUCGGUUGCACACACACAUACAGUACAUGCACCCAUACGCACACAGUCACCCGCCACAUCUCCCUGGCGUAUAAACGAUGUUGUGUGUUUGUUUGAAGUAUUGUUUCAUGUUGUGUAAAGUGUGUUUGGUGUAUAGUUUUGUCUAAUCGUUAGUGUCGGGAGUUUUGCCGCCAGUUUGGCGUUCAUUCAUGCGUCAGACCAAAUGUUUGGUCUGCCGCGAUUUUUCUUUAGUUUUGCCUUUAGUUCUGUCUUUCUUUGUUCCCGGUAACUUAAACACAUAGUGUGGUACCCACUGUCAUUCCAUUUACCAUUUGCAUUCACUGUACAACGCCUGUAAACCGGUUAACAUUCACCAUACUCACAACACUUCCUGGUGCUUCGGCUUCCCAGCCACUGUCCCAUUGCGGAAGCGCGCUUCGCGUUGGGACAGUGCUUUUACCAACAUCCCACAGGGGGAGGG